UCGUAGAAUAGUAUCAGACAACAUUGUAAUAGUAUUUUAUACGGCUGGUAGGCAAUUGAUAACGUAAUCAUCUAUAUUCUGUAUUUCUGUUGUACUACUAUAUAGUACACCUAAGGUGUCUAUAGUAUCUACAACUUUACUGUUCGUCUACUUCUUACUGCUUAGUAUAGUAGUAUCUGAUAUCUGCACUCUUCGAACAUUUUAUACGAUACAUCACGUCUGAGAGGAGCUAUGGAUUUUGAUAGCCCCGAUGUCGAAAAGGAUUUCCCAGGCUUGUAUACAUCCACAGAAAUCGGACACAAAGAUUCUGACGGUAAACGAAAAGAAAAAAAAGACCGUGGUUAUGCAGCGCUGGAAGGUGAAAGUUCUCCAGAAGAAGAGCCUGAUACAAAAAGUCCUUCAAAAAUAAAAAAAAUAAAACCAUUUAAAUUUCCUACAAAAAAAGAAAAACAUGAGAAGCUUAAAGAUAAAGAUUCUAAAGACAUUCCUAAAGAAAAGAAAAAAGAUGGAGAAAAGGAUAAAAAAAAAGAUAAACCCAAAAAUAAAAUAAAAGAAAAAAAGAAACAGAAAGGAUCUGAUGGAAAAGACACUAUAGACAUAGGUUCUUUAUAUGAAGAUCAACCCGUUUUUGGAGUUCCAUUAGAAAUAUCAUUUGAACGAAAUCCAUGCCAUGAUGAUAUACACUUACCAUUAGUUCUGAGAAAUUGUAUCGACUAUGUACAAAUGCAUGGUUUAUGUACUGAUGGUGUUUAUAAAGUGCCAGGUGUGAAAUCUAAAGUACAAAACCUUAAAAUUCAAUAUAAUAGACGACAAUCUGUCAAUUUAACUGAUUAUGAUUUAGCUGUUGUUACAAGUCUAUUGAAACAAUAUUUAAGAGAACUUCCUGACCCCAUAUUGACAUCGGACCUUUUAUCAAAAUUUGAAGAUGCUGCCGAAACACAAAAUAGUGAAUCGGCAAAGUUGUUAAUCUCAGAACUUCCACAAUGCAAUAAGCAUACACUCACAUGGUUAAUAGUUCAUUUUGCCAGUAUCAUAGAAAAUGAAAAAUAUACCAAGAUGAAUACUACUAAUUUUGGUUGUGUUCUCUGCCCUGUUCUUCAAAUGUCUCAAACGUUAUUUUCAUUCCUUGUUACAAAAAAAAAUGACUUGUUUCCUUCUGCUGUUUUACAUAAAUAUAUACCGCCUUUAAGAUGUGCAAGCCCUUAUUUACCAUCAGGUAAAGAAGAAAUGACUAUUGAAUUAAAAAAACAAGAAUCACUUCUUGGUUACAUUCACCGUGAAAUGAACGCUGGUUUUGUAUGUAAAACUAAAGAAGAAGAGUUAUGGGACGUACAAAGAAUUAUUACACAAUUGAAAAGAAAACUUAAGGUAUUAGAAAAGGAUAACCACAAAGUUUCAAAAGAAAAGACUAAAAUAGAAGACCAGAUGAAUGGGAAGUUUGAAGAAGUUGGAACUCAAACAGCUCUAGACAGACAAAACUCUAACAACAGUGUAUCUGUCAAAGCUGAAGUAGUAUCAAUAACAAGUGACACUAUUAAUAUUUCAAACUGUGAGAGUUCAUUAGUUGAUGAAGAGAUACAAACAACGACUUCAGAUAGUGAUAAUGAAGAAUUAGUCUUACAGUAUGAAUCUGAAGAAUUAAUGUCACUCAUUGCAAAUAUAAAAGAUUAUAUAGUGCAAGAAAAAUGUGAAAUUGAUAAACUGUACACAAAGUUGGCAUCAGUUGGAAAAAUUGUGAAUGCUAGAGAAUAUUUCAUGUAUCCAAUUGAUGAAACAACAGUUGCUAACAAUGCAUUGUUAAGUGAAUAUAAAAUGCUGCAAUUCCAGAAAAUGAACUUAUUAAAAAGUAUAGAAGAAGAACGAGAGGCCAUACUUGAUUUGAAAAUACAAAUAAAACUAGCAAAACGUAAACAUGUUUCAGUUUUGUAAAAUGCAAAAGGUGAAAUGUCAAAACUUGUUUUAAUUUUAAUAUGUUAGUUAAUACCCUAAUGUGAUGAUAUUUUUUUAUACUAUGACUAAAAAUUUUGA